GGGGCAUGGAGCCGACCCUCCGUAGAAACAGGAGCGGGGGUGUCGAGCAGGGACCCCGGGGAAACAGGCGAAAGGCGAGAGGCGGUAGUCCAACCCUCCGGGAGAGAUGAGGAGGCGUUGGCACAGCCCUCAGACGCCGGGACAGAGGUGCCUCGGCGACGUCAUCGUCUCCGAUGAGACGGAGCAGGAACAGAGCAGGGAGAGUGCAGCGGAGGCGGAGAGCUGUCUCGCUCCAGGCAGAGGAAGCGUGCAGCGCCAAACUCAGGCUCCGAACUGUGAUCCUGGGACAAAACGGUUUCAGGAGGAGAUGGCCGUUUGUGGAGUGACGGAGAAGGCCAGUAACACAGCGGGCCGGUGCCGGGAAGGGGCCUAGCCAACUUUGUACCCCAAUACGGAGACCGCUGCUCUUUCCUCUCCGUGACCUGACGUGUGCGCUUCUCAGCGGAACGCCGAAAAUACUCCAACAAGAUCUUAGAGUGCCAUUAACGUCUACUGGCAUAAACAUCCACCACGAAGGAGUCUGUUCCUCCUAAAACUCUUCCAUCUCUGUCCUGGUGCUAAGAAGUUUCUUCCUCUCACAUUUUGACCCCAGUUCCAAUGGAGAACCUCAGUGAACUGCAGAACCCGUUGCUGGACAAAAACAGUAAGCACAUGGUCAAUGGCUACGGAGGAGAAUUCCCCAAUAACCAAUACCAAGAAAACAUUAUUAACUACUUUGCUGGAGGAGGAGGGGGUGGAGGUGUGGGCAGUGGAGGAGAAGGAAAUGUAAAUAACGGGAAUGUAGUCAGUGGAGGAAGUUACAGCACCAAUGGAAAGAUGAAAUCGCAGCAAUUUCUGGACGCCACCUCACUGCAUCUGGCAGUUGAGGCUUUCUACAGGCCUAAUUUCAUCUUGUACAAGGAGGACAGCGGAAGCAUCAAGGCUAAGGAUUACAAAAGUGAGUGUUGUGAGACAACCUUUACCGAGAAAAAAGCAAAGGAGGUGUCCAACACAGCAGGGGAGGACACACCUGGCGCAGAGGACCCUCAGACCAAGCUGCAGGAGGACAGCGAACAUGUCAAGAUUCAAACCGUUUCUUACGAGGUGGAGGAGGAGGAGUAUGUGGAGUAUGAGACGGACUGCUCCAGUGACAGUGAGAGUGAAGAUAACUUCAUAGUUGUUCCACCACGAGACCACCUUGGCCUGGCUAUAUUCUCAAUGCUCUGCUGUUUCUGGCCAUUGGGGAUAGCAGCCUUUUACUUCUCACAGGGGACCACCAAGGCAGUGAACAAAGGAGACUUCCCGCUGGCUAACAUCGCCUCCCGGAGGGCUUUGUUCCUUGCUGCCCUCGCCAUCACUAUAGGCACUGGUGUUUAUGUAGGUGUAGUGGUAGCUCUCAUUGCUUACCUCUCUAAACCAGGACACAUAUAGCAGAAGCCCCCUCUUUUUCCCACCUCCUGGGAGCCUGGGAAGAGAACAAACCCCCUCUGGGGAGACAGAGUUGCACCUGCAGACUUUGAGAAAACUUUUAUGGGGAUGUAGUUUUCUUCCCGUUCUUUUUUCCAUCCACCUUCCUCUCUUUCCUACCUUCUCUUCCAAAAGACCCACGGGCAGCCAAGAUUAGCCACAGUGACUGGAGACAGGUCAAUCUUCAGGGUAGGAUUAGGGAACAGAGGAGAAGGAAACUUCUCCCCUGACUCCAAGGUUGUGAUGGAAAAAUGUCAUGUGAGCCCAGUUUGCGUUCAGUUAACUUAAUCCAGGUUGGGUUCAUCGCUCUUUGACUGGAUUUUAUCUUCAAAGUCUCCUAAACUGAGCUGUAAAGGGAAAAAAAGAUAAUACCUUACUGAAAUCACCUAACUGACUGUCAUCAUUAAAGACGUUAAGAAAUAAGACGCUCAUUCAAACCAACACUGUAUUUAUUACAGCUAAUAUCUCAAACGUCUUUGAGCAGACUUUUCAUGCAGGUGUGCCAGCUAUGAAGGCACAUCAGUCUUUGAUUCAUAAACUCAGACUAUUGAUAUUUGUACUGGAUUGACUCCCUCACAAAUAAGGAAUAAAGUUAAGUAUAAAUGUAUCCAAUGUCGAGAUAAUGUCGAGAGAGAGCCUUUAACUUUGUCUCUUUUUGUCACGUUACAGCCACAACUUCAUUGUAUUUUAUUGGAAUUUUAUGUGGUAGACCAACACAAAGUAGCGUAUUUUGUAUUAACCGAGACAUUCUGUGCAAUCACCCUGCCCAUUCCAGAGUACAGCUGCGUGUUUUUGGACAUGUCUCUAUCAGCUUUUCAUGUCUAGAAAGCAAAUUGUUUCCCCUUCUAUUUUGCAGGAUAGCUCAAGCUCAGUCAGACUACAUGAACAUUGAUUUUCGGGUUUUGCCACAGGCUGCCAAUUGAAUUUAGGUCUGGCUGUAUGUUAAGGGUCAUGGUAAUGCUGGAAGGUGGACCUCUACCUUAGUCUCAAGUGUUUUGCAUACUCUAACUGUUUUUACCAUGACUGUUUCAAGGUAGAGAUGGUCUGUUCAAAGUUCAGGGUGCUUUGCAAUUCUAGUUUUUGCCAAAGAUUUUAAAUAUAGGCCAUUUUUACAUGACAAUGAUUGUUUUUACAGUCUACACAACAAAUUUUCUUUCAAAUGGCAACGCUAGAGACAUAAGGAGGGUGUAAUUCCCCUGCCACGCCACUUGUUGGUGGUAUGUUCUUUGAAACUCAACAAUAUGCGCAAACACUUGCUGGUUACAAAACGGGGAAGAAAAUGAGCAUAUCGUUCGAUUCAAAAAAGUCAGCAGCACAAGUAAGUACUCUGCAAUCUGCCAUUGUUAUUCGGAAUCAGAAUCAGAAUCAGAAAAGCUUUAUUGCCAAGUACGUUUUUGGACAUACAAGGAAUUUGUUUUGGCGUAGUCAGUGCAAUACAAUACAAAUUAAACAGUAUAAACAUAUCUACAAU